CGGGUUCUUGCCGGCAGCCCGGGGGUCUGGACGUGGCCGCGGUCAGCUGGCGUGUCCCCACCAGCACUGACGGCGCUCCUGCUGUGACAGGCUGAUUUAUAGUCCCGCGUUACACCAACGCAGAGCCUACGUGCGCGUCGCCGCGUAACCUACGCCGUCGUUUCACCGCGGGACCAUAACCCAGGCUUGAAGCCUGCCCCCCUCCUGCACCGUGUUGUCUGACGGCUCCGUUAACUCCCGGCACACCGCGACCCCGCUCACGCCGUCGUCGGAAGGACCAGCCCGGGUUCAACAUGUCGGUCGCUGGGUUCAAGAAGCAGUUUUAUAAAGCCAGCCAGAUGGUAAGUGAGAAAGUUGGUGGUGCCGAGGGAACUAAACUAGAUGAAGACUUCAAAGACUUGGAACGGAAAGUAGAUGUUACCAGUAAGGCUGUAGUGGAGGUCAUCUCCAAAACAUCAGAGUACCUGCAACCCAACCCAGCAUCACGAGCCAAACUGUCUAUGCUGAACACCAUGUCUAAGAUCCGAGGUCAGGUGAAGAACCCGGGCUAUCCUCAGGCCGAGGGGCUGCUAGGAGAAUGUAUGGGGAAAUAUGGACGGGAACUCGGAGAGGAGACUAACUUUGGUGGAGCUCUAGUAGAUGUAGGAGAAGCCAUGAAGAGAAUGGCAGAAGUAAAAGACUCUCUAGAUAUUGAUGUGAAACAGAACUUUAUUGAUCCAUUGCAAGGGCUUUGUGACAAGGACCUCAGAGAGAUACAGCACCAUCUGAAGAAGCUUGAAGGCCGUCGCUUGGAUUAUGAUUACAAGAAGAAACGUCAGGGCAAGAUCCCAGACGAGGAACUUCGGCAGGCCCUAGAGAAAUUUCACGAGUCAAAGGAAGUGGCUGAGACAAGCAUGUACAACCUGCUGGAGACUGAUAUAGAACAGGUGAGCCAGCUCUCCUCCCUGGUGGAGUCCCAGCUGCAGUACCACAGAGAAGCUGUGCAGGUGCUGGAGGAGCUUUCUGAGAAACUGCGGGACAGGAUGACUGAUGCUCAGUCUCGACCGAGACGUGAAUACACACCCAAACCCAAGCCUAUCUUUGACUUUGGAGAGAACAACCAUUCAAACGGUGGUUACACACCCUCGAUGGCCCCUGCCCCUUCACGCAACUCAGUCCCAGAGCAGCCGAGCUGCAAGGCGCUGUAUGACUUUGAGCCAGAGAACGAAGGAGAGCUGGGCUUCCGCGAGGGCGAUAUCAUCAUCUUGACCAAUCAGAUCGAUGAAAACUGGUACGAGGGCAUGCUGAACGGCCAGUCGGGAUUCUUCCCGCUCAACUAUGUUGAGGUCCUCGUGGCGCUGCCACACUAAUACAGUGUGCAACAAGGAGAUUGCUAGGGAAGCAGAAGAGAGAGGGAGUGGAUGUAGUGAAGACGAGAAGCAGUUCAGAGGUUUCAUUCUCACUCUCUUCUCCAUCAUCAUCACAGAUGAGCACUUUUUGUCACCUCAAGAUCUGGAGAUGAUCCCAGACCAGAAUAGAGGUCUGAGAUAAAAAAAAGUUUCUAUCCUUCAACUGAAAGUAAGAAGAGUUUUUCAAAAACUAACUGAUAAUUUGUUUAUAAGCAAUAAUUUUUGAACCACAAAUGAAUGCUACAGAAAAAAAAAAAAACGUUUUUUACAUUUCAUAGCUGCAAUUAUUGGAGAGAAAGAUCAGUAGAUAAUUUUAAGAUCCAGGUAGGGCAAUUUAAGAGUGUUUUUUGUUGUUUUUUUAAGAUCAGAGUGACUUCACUGUAAAUGUCAUUUCAACGUGAAAAAGUAUCAUUUCAAAACAGGACUGAAGCGGAUACCUCGACGCCACCUACUGGCUUGACUGAGAAUUACUUUGAUCUUCAGUAAAAUGGAAUCACAAGAGGCUAGAAAUGGUUAAACCAGUUGUAUUACAAAUUGUGAAAAAAAAACUCUUGCAUUUACAUUUUAACAGGAAACAUGAGCCAAAAUUGACCUCUAAAUUUGUGUUGAGGUCUUGUCCUGAUAACGAUGUUCUUAUUAUUUUCUCCCUCAUUUUUUCUAAUAAGUUAAGUUGUCUGAUGGAGAUGGCUUUGGCAGACCUAAUAUAAUGGUUCCUUUUUUCUCAGUGUUGUGAGUUACGUCAGCCUCAAUGUUUAAAGAGUUGAACUGGUUACCGAACAUAUAAGAACAUUUAUUUGCACAUUGGUCUUCAAAUGAGGUUGAUACAUGUGACAGACCUACUCCACCCACAACACACAGACCCAAAGUUAAAUGCAGAGGUUGCACCUUUUAUGUCACUUAAAGCAGGUGUGUGUUUGUUGCUUAGAAACACACAAAAAAAAAGAUGUUUAUCGGCUAAUCUGUUUGAUAGAGGAGACAGAGCCAAAAAGACAAUAAAAU